AACUGACCCGACAAGGGACCGAUAAUCUUCGGGAGCCUAGAGGCUAGAGGGAAUGGAGAAUGACCAGGAUCCCAGGGUACAAGUAUCGGGAUAGUGGGAGCCCCGAUUGAGGCCCCCCCUUCUUCUCUUUGUCCCAUUCUCGCCACCAAGUCGCGCGUUGACGAAGCGUUUCUUUGGCCAUCAGACCCACACCGCGGUAACACCAUGACCACUGUUCAGCCUGCUCACGUUACGAAUCCUGGAGAGGAUAUCAAACGGGAAGAAGAGAUCGACAUGACAGACGACCUCAGACUCAAACAUGAUAAUCACGCUACUGCCAUCCUCCCUGAGGAACUCCAAGGCAUGUCCCAGGCGGAACUCGAUGCUGAGGAGAAGAAGAUGGUCAGAAAGAUGGACAUGAUUAUUCUGCCCAUUAUAAUGACUCUCUACAUCUUGAACUAUAUCGAUCGUCAAAACUUGGCCGCAAGUAAGCUACAAGGUAUCAUGGAGGAUCUCAAGAUGUCAACUCAAGACUUUGCCACUGCCAUCUCAAUCCUUUACGUCGGAUAUCUGCCUUUCCAGCUGCCUUCGAACUACAUCAUCUCACGAGUCUCCCGACCAGGACUGUACAUCUGUUGUGCUGUGAUGCUCUGGGGUACUAUCUCCGCUUGCACAGCGGCCGCUAGUAGCUACAGCGCUCUGUUGGGUAUCCGAGUGCUGCUCGGUGCCAGUGAGGCAGUCUUCUUCCCCGGUGCUUUAUAUUACCUUUCAGCCUGGUAUACCAAGAAGGAACUCGGCAAGCGAUACGCCGCACUCUUCAUUGGUCAGCAGUUGGGCAACGGAUUUGGUGGUCUGGUCGCAGCCGGUAUUCUCAAGCUCGCAGGCAAACACGGACUCGCAGCUUGGCAGUGGCUAUUCAUAGUUGAGGGGUCCAUCACCGUUGGUCUCGGAGGCAUUUUCGCCUGCUUCAUGCCCGAAUACCCCCACAACGCCAAGAUCUUGAGUCCGACUCAACGGGCUCUGGCUGUUUGGCGUUUGGAGCAAGAGGCCGGCGCGGCUGAAGGUCGAGAAGACAUGUCGACUACCAGGGCGUUCCUCAGUGCUUUGACCGACCCAAAGGUGUACUGCCUGAUCUUUUGCAUGAUGAUGUCUCAAGCUAUGGGCACUGUCGGAAACUUUUUCCCCACUAUUCUCAACUCGUUUGGCUUCAACAGCAUCAUCACAUUGUGUAUUACCUGCCCACCUUAUAUCUUCGCCUGCUUUGUAUUCUACGCCAUGAGUUACUACAGUGAUAAACACGGCAAGCUCUACAUCCCCCUCAUGAUCUGCCUCAGCAUCGGCGUUGUCAUCUACAUUAUCAGUAUCGCAACUCUGAAUGUUGGAGCGCGGUACUUUGCCAUCAUGUGGACUCCAGUAUCGAACGUCGUUCCUCAAUUGUUCAUCUACAAUACCCUCUCUCUGCACGUCGCUCGACCCUACCCCAAGCGAGCUGCCGGUCUGGCUUUGAUCAAUGCCAUUGGGGGCACUUCAAACAUCUGGGGAUCAUACGUAUGGUACCGACCGCCCCACUUUUACGCUGGAUUCGGUAUGGUCCUCGCUGUGAACAUCUUGUUCAUGUGUGUCAUCACUGGCUACAAGAUCUAUGUCACUCGAGAGAACAAGAAGCUCGAUGCCGGUGGAGCGAGAGCUGAAUCCGCUAUGAGAUUUGGAAUCUCUGACGAGCAGAUCGCUCUUGGUUGGCGCUAUGUAGGAUACUAGGGGCCUGAUCUUCCACCGAGUCCAAGUCGAAUGUCCCAAUGUCAUAGUUUCUGCAGUUUGUGUACGAGGUGCAUGUCCUGUCGCUGCACCAGCUGCGCGACACCCC